AUGGCGAAGAGCGAGGCUGAGUGGAAGAAGCAACUUAACGCACAGGAAUACAAUGUACUUCGCGAAAAGGGCACAGAGCGCGCAGGCACAGGGGAGUACGAUAAGUUCUACCCCAAGGCCGGCCACUUUGUUUGCCGCGGCUGCGGUCUUCCGCUCUACAGUGCUGAGAGCAAGUUCAAGUCCGGGUGCGGCUGGCCGGCCUUCGACCGGUGCUACAAAGGCGCCGUCCGGACCGAAGUGGACAGCUCGUUUGGUAUGCGGCGCGUGGAGAUCAUGUGCAGCAGCUGCGGCGGCCACCUCGGCCACGUCUUUGAAGGCGAACGCCGCCCCGGCCACCUCGGCUACUCGGCGGCUCGGCCGCGCACUGCCUCUAGUUUCUUUGAAGGCGAGCGCUUCACGCAGACCAACGAGAGGCAUUGCGUCAAUUCCGUUUCUGUGCGCUUCGUCAAGGCGUCGGACGCGCCGCUGCCCAGCACGGAGCAGGCGCCUGUGGCCAAGGGCUGA